UCGAGUGACGGGUUUGUAAACGACAUUUUAAUAAUGUCGUAAUUUGAAUAGUAAAAUUACCGCGAAGAUGCUAUUGGCUGCUGUAGAGUAACGCCACAGAUGCCCUGGCUAUCGUAUACUAUGUCUGCAAUUUUAUGAAGGAUUAUAAUAGGCGUUAUGUAAUAUUUUCAAACUUUAAUCUUAUCAUUUCUAAAUUAACAUUAAUCAACAACCAUGUUUUAUGGCAAAAAGAAAAUCGGUACUGUCAAACUGAUUAUUCUGUGUUUGUUCUGUAUAUGUAUGUAAUUAUGUUUUGACCUUUGCAGUAACUAUGUUGAUAAUCCAGUGAUUAAACUGGAAGUGGAUAUGUAUUUUCAUUGUUUUCUUUGUAAUAUUUUUCUGUACAUGAACAUUUAUCUGAUUUCAUAAGAGAUAAUUAAUACGAUCUUCGUCAUUACGUUUUUUCACAACAAGUGGAAUUAUACUCCUCUUCGUAAAAUUCGAAUUGUUUCGAUUAAAAUUGACGAAGUCAACGUUAUUGGAAUUAAGGUAUCUCUUCCUACACGCAUUAACGAGUUAAUUUUCCACUUUUAACUCGAAUCUUAAUUACAAAAAGAAAAAAUAUACACGAAGAUGUCGAGGUUGAUUACAUCUCAUAAAAUACGACAUAUGUCCUUAUAAGUGUCUGUUUGUUCAUUUGCGGUGGCUCAGAAAAGUAUUUGGAUAUUUGUCAUAGGAAAUUUUUACGUAUAUUUUAUGUAUUAUAUAAAAUAUUUUCAAAUCUCAGAUCAUCAUGAUUAUACCAAAGUAAAAGUAAAACUGAAAUAGAAAUUACAAGAUAUUUGUUAUGAACAAGUAUGUAUUUAGCAAAAAAUUAAUAUACAUAUGUACGUAAUGGCAUGAAUAGUCGAUCUAAGCGCAUAAUUAGUGUCGAAGAUGUUCCAUAUCUCUAAAUAUUGAAGCUUAUUGACGUAGUGGAUAGUCAGUUGUACAGAAUAUCUUGUAGCUUUUGUGUACAUUUUCAACGUUGUUUCAAAUUUGCUAAUAUAAUCACGAUAGUAUGUCUCGCUACGGCGUUAAUGAAAUUUUAAAAUGUUUCGUAUGGCAUGUAUAACAUAUUCAUAAAAGUUUUCUGUAUGUAUCUAAAUAUUUUCGCAGCUCAUUGUAUUAUUCUUUGCCGUUCUCAUAAAUUCGUGGAAACAGAUAUUAUAGAUUGUAAUCGAUGUUAAAAUUUCAUUGCGUGAUGUUCGUUUCAGGUAUUAUCAUUUCUCUUUCGCUCACCGGUCAGUUUAAUUAUCCUAAUAUAGUUCUGGAACAUCAGGAAUCUUAAGCAGGCAGUUAUAAGCUACUGUUACUUCAGUAGAUCGCGAUCGCAAGCGAAAAAUUCGAAAGAAAACUAUUAAAUUAUUAUUUUAGUACAAUAUAGAAUUUGCAUUUUCAAGUACGAAAGAAAAAAGAAAAAAGAAAAGAAAAUCAAAUGAAUGAUUGCCAUGUUGCCUUCAAACACGUAUACCGUUUGAAGUCGUUUGCAAAAAAGGUAAACGCUCCGGAUAAUCCAGAAGUUUAUGCAAUACUGGAUGUUUAAAUUUGGUCUUAAAAACAUAUUCCUGUUGUUAUAACACACUGAACAUCCCGACGUACUACAUCAUUAACUAAGCGAGUCAUUGAACCGUCGUCAGCGUCGUAUAUUGCCCGUGGUUACUUAACGUGUUGCAGUAGAAAAUCGGCGUUUGCCGCGGCAAGAGUGCAGCUUUUCCAUAUACAUCGCUUUUUAUUAUAAUAAGCUUUGACAAAAAUUCUAAUCGACAAAUUGUGACAAAGCGCAACAAGCACAAACGGCGCCAAAAUAAUAAUCAUCGAAUUAAUCGAAUUUAUGGAUCUCGAUGAAGUGAUCUGUGAAUUUUCUCUCACGGUAAUUGACGUGUUGGAUCAAAGUUUGCACGACAUUAACAUUCGUGAUCAAGCGAAGUAGAUAAAUGGUGAUUAAAAGCAUGAAAACGAGCAGUUGAUCAUUUACGCUUUUAGGAACAAUCUAAACGAGAAUUCUAGCAUUGUUUUGAAGUCUUCGUUCGGUGAGAAAAAGAGCCACGCGGUCUCCCUUCACACGGAAAAUGGGUGGUCUUAUUGAAAUUUUCCUUUUCUUCGGAGUCCUCUUCUAUUUCUUCAACUUUGGGGCUUCCAGUAUGAUCGAUAUAGUUUCAACACGUUUGCAAGAAGUGUAUGCAAAAUGGAAUCGCAGAACGGAAAUAAAGCGAAACCCAGAAUUGAAUACAGUUCGAUUUUCGAUAAAGGAACUUCGGCGAACUGGUCAACAAAUGCAUAAAAAAAAGUUACAAGAUAAGGAACAAGCAAGAAAAGUUCGGGAAAGUUCUUUAUUUCAAAUCAAAGAGACUGAACCAUUAAUCCCUACUGUCACAGAAAGCUCUUUAUUUCUACACUAUUGCUGCAACAGUUGCACUCCAUCAUCUAGAAAUUCAUUAGUAAAUAUUGCUAGUAAGCAAUAUGCGCCUUUUGGUACAAAUGUCCUAUUAAUGGAGUCACAUCAAUCGCUAUUCCAUAGAAUAUUACCUCGUGCGAUACGCGUUUGUUCUUUUAAAGAACACGAUUAUUCAAGGGAAUCAAUCCUAGAAAGUGAUAAUUUAAAAGAAGCAACAAAGUUGGUUGCUUCUGAAAUAAUUAAGGAUGAGGGUUGUAGUGAAACAGUUGCCCUGGAAAAAGCAAAAGAGAGAGCCAAGACCAUACUAGCACAAAUGGAAAGCAAACCAAACAAUCUUUUCAUUAGAAUUACAUCAUGGAUUACUUAUGUACUGUUACCAUGUUUUAUGCAGUCUGUUAUAAUAUUACCAUCUCAAAUAGAAAUGUUAAAAAAAGCAAAUGAGACUGGUCUUCCUGUGAUAUUACUUCCUUUACAUCGUAGUCAUAUGGAUUAUUCUAUAAUUACCUUCCUUCAUGUAAUGUAUGGUAUUAAAUGUCCAUUAAUUGCAGCUGGGGAUAAUCUAAAAAUGCCAUUUUUUGGGUAUGUUAUAAAUAUAUAUAGAGUAUCUUAUUACAAUACCAUGUUAUUAUUAUCGAAAUUUUAUGUGUCAAACAGGAAGCUUUUGCAAGGUUUGGGCGCAUUCUUUAUAAAACGUCGAAUUGAUCCUGUCAUAGGCCGCAAAGAUAUUCUUUAUCGUGCCAUUCUUCAAACAUACAUACUGCAAAAAUUAAAAGAGGGUCAUAUUAUAGAAUUCUUUUUAGAAGGUACACGUACAAGAACUGGUAAACCAUGCAUGCCAAAAGGUGGCAUUUUGAGUGUCAUUCUUGAUGCAUACAUGGAGGGAAUUAUUGAAGAUGCAAUGAUAGUACCUGUUGUACCAAAUUAUGAACGUCUUAUUGAUGGAAAUUUUGUUCAAGAGCAUCUAGGUCAACCAAAGAAGAAAGAAACAUUUAUAUCUACAAUGAAAGCCAUGUUUUCUACUUUAUUAACAAAUUAUGGAAUUAUGAAAAUUGAUAUUUGUCAACCCUUUUCACUCAAGGAAAUGUUAAAGUCUUUCCAAAAUCAAUCAAAAUUGAAUGGAGUAAAAAUAUCUCCUGCUGAAAAACCUUUAAGGUCGACAGUAUCUAGCUCAUCGCUGUAUGGUACAGAUGUAGUUGCAGAAGAAUACCGUCAACUAGUUGACAGUCUUGCACGGCACGUUGUAUAUAAUUGUAGUAAUGCAAUGCCAAUAAUGUCGACUAACGUUGUUGCGUUCAUCCUUCUAUAUAUAUUUCGAGAUGGUUGUACCUUGGAUGAAUUAGUUGAAGCAUUUGAUUUCAUAAGACACCAGUUAGAAAGUCGUACUAAAAACAUUGCAUUUUGUGGAGAAAAUAUUGAUAUCAUAAAACAUGCUUUAGACAUCUUAGGUCCAGAUUUAGUAAAACUAAAAAAUCACGAAAUUAUAGAAACAGCUGAUAGUCAGUUAACUCAAUCAAAUUUCGUUACCGUAAUCCGUCCUAUGUCGUUUCUACCAAAUGUAAUCGAACUAUCUUAUUAUAGUAAUACAGUGGUAACAUGUUUUGCUAUGGAUAGCAUAGUGGUAACAGCUUUGUAUGCUGAAUUACAGUCACAAAUCAAUGAUCCUAUAGGUUUUGAUCAAAACAAUAUUAUAGUGUCUCAAGAUCUUUUGGUAGAAAAAUCACUUAAACUUUGUGAUAUUUUUAAAUACGAAUUUAUUUUCUGCAAGCCAUGUGAGGAAUUAGAACGCGUCAUUAUAGACACUGUGGUAAAUCUCUCACAUAAAGAGAUUAUUAUUUUACAAGAGGAAUCUUAUUUAGAAGAGGAACUAUGGAGUAAAAGAUUCGCAAAAAAUUUUGAUGAUAGUUCAGAUGAAGAAUAUCAUAAUAAGAAUAGAUCUAAAAGUAUUCGGUACAAAUUAAACUUACUAUCGGAAUAUGCAAAACGUGUGGAAUAUCUUCACAUAAUGUUACAACCUUUAGUAGAUGUUUAUACUUUUACCAUUUUGUCUCUUAAAGAUUUAGUAGGUCAAUCGCUAAGCGAGAAAGAUUUAAUUCAAAAAAUUUUAAAUGACAUAAAGACAAAUAUAGAUCAUGACAUAAUAAAAUACAGUGAAUGUUUAUCUAUUGAUUCAAUAAAGAAUGCCCUAAAAUUAUUUGAAAAAUGGAAUAUCUUAGAAUGUUAUCCACAAGAGAAUGUUAAAAUUUUCUACCUGAAAGAUCAAUAUGAUACAGACUCAGCUGUAAUGAAAAUCUAUGAUAAAAUAGCAGCUUUCAGAUGGACUAAAAAUAUAAAUGAAAAAAAAAAAGAUGAUUUUGAAUGAAUUUCUAUAAUGUACUACUUUUUUACAUCAACGAAUAACUUGAUAUGAAAAACUUUGUAAAUAGUGGUUUACAAAUAAGAAGUAUCACCUAACACGUUUGUUACUAUAGUGCAUUAGAACAAAACAUCCAUCACUGGUCAAUAAUUGCGAUUUUUUUCAUCCAAGCAUGCUAAAUAUGAUAUAUCUAUUAGGUUGUCCAAAAAGUUUCUUUCGUUUCAUAAGGUGAUAAUAGAUGAGUAACAAUUUCUGUUUUAUAUUAUUUUAUUGAAUUAGGUAUGAUCCAUUUCGUUCUAUUUCUAUUAUGUUUGUGAAUAAUUCAAUAAACUAAUAUAAAACAGAAAACAUUGUGCGUCUAUUAUUUCUUUAUAAAACGAAAGAAACUUUUCGGACAACCUAAUAUUUAUCUCACACAUUAAGAUUAUAUCUAAAUUAACACAUACAUAUAUGAUACUGACAGCAAACGUGUUAAUCUCUUUAUACAUUAAAAUAUGUAGAUUAAAUAUUUAUUGCUCUGCAUGAAUAGUUCUAAAAUUCAUAGCAGAAAUACAGAAAGUUUAGAUUUGGGUCAUUAACUGUAUGUAAGAAUACAAUAGCAGAAUGGCUAAUGUGAUAUUACAAUAUAUUAAACAUAUUAGAUUUAUUUCGUUAAUAAAGUAAUCUUACGUACUAUUAAAUUCAGUGCUAAUAACUUUUUUGUUAUUGUUAAAAACAGAGACAUACUUAAAAGAGUAAAAAGCUAUUUUUAUUACACUUUUACAAAACAGUCGAACGAUAAAAUAAGUUUUUUAUGUAUGAUAUUAUAAAAAAGAAUAAACAGAACAAAUAAAUGACAUCGUUUUUGAUAUA